AUGUCUUCUACAAACACACAACGACACUUAAUCUGUCCAAUAACAUUAGAAUUAUUUAAUGAUCCAGUUACAGGUGAAGAUGGAAAUACAUAUGAAAGAGAAGCAAUAACUCAAUGGAUCAUUCAAUGCGGUACAAGUCCAAUUACAAAAAAGCCUCUGAAUAUAAAUCGAUUAACACCAAAUUGUGCAGUCAAAGAUGCUGUAGAAACUUUCAAACAACAGAAUGUACAACAAAGUGCAAAUAUUAAUGACGAUAAUGGUUAG